AUGACCAACCCCACGAUGUUCGGGACAGCAAGCAAGCCGCCUCUGAAUCCGAUGAACAUGGCCAUGAUGGGUGGAAGCCCAAUGAUGGCGCAGAUGGCGAUGCAGGCGCAGGCCAACGGCCCCAAGGCGGCGUCCGCUGCUGUGGCACCAGACGGUGCUACGGAGGCCAAGAAGCUGGAGAUCAAGCCGGGAUUGAAGCCCGGCGACUGGACGUGCCCUCGAUGUGGGGCAAACGUCUACGCGUCCAGGUUCCAUUGCUGGAGAUGUGGGUUUUCCAAGCGAGGGGAGGCGGAACAAGAGUACAUCUCCGAGCAUGGCAGGAUCCACCCAGACAUCCAAGAGCUGUGUGAUGCAUUCUACGUUGAGACGCGGCACAUCGAGAAGUUGAAUGAGCUCAUGAAGGAUCGCCCUGACACGUGGGAUGAAGAUUUACGAAAGCUUCGAGAAGUGAUGGAGAAGGCACGGUCGCCAUGCGGAAUGCUAGUGACGAAAAUGAAAGAGAUAGAAGACGGGACGUUUGUGGCAGUGAAUCGCGACAAGAGAAUGAAACACCUCGUUGAUAAGUUCAAACUGGACAAGAUAGCUGAGACUAGCAUUUCAGACAUCCUUGCGCGAUGUUCCGAAGAGAAAAAAGGCGAGUAUUACUACGACCUGGAGCGGCAUUUCGAGUGUUCAGGGAAACCAUCAGCCACUGCCAUGAUGAUCAUGAAGAAGAUGGCAAAUGGAGAGCCUCUUGGCCCACCAGGCAAACCUGGUAAGGGCAGCUACCUGGAAAGAUUGCAGAAUGAGGGCAAUCAGCGUGGUGGUGGCAAAGGAGGGGAAGACGAUAAAGACCGAGGCCGCGACCGCUCGAGAGAUCGCGGCUACGGCGAUCGCCGUGACCGCCGCGACGGACGCGAUGGUCGCCAAGAGCGUGGUGAGCGGGAUCUGCGAGACGGCCGCGAGGGUCGCCCUGGCAGAGAGGACCGACGGGACGACCGACGGGACGAUCGAAGGGACGAUCGAAGGGACGAUCGAAGGGAUGAUCGAAGGGACGACCGAAGGGACGACCGAAGGGACGACCGCCGGGAUGAUCGCCGGGAGGACCGUCGGGAGGACCGGGACCGUCGUGGAGAGGAGCGACGUGUUGAGGAGCGGCGACGAGACAGCCGCGAGCGAUCGGACCGAAGAGAGCGCAAGGGAGCUGGACGGGGAAAGGGAGCAGAUGAUGAGCGCGGCCCUGCUUCCCGUGAUUUGAAGCCCUUUGUUCCCCAGCCGAAGGGAAUGGAAGCACCAGAAAGGGGCGAAGGCUGCCCGGAGGCGGUUGGACUCCAUGGGAAGGCCGCUGCCGAAGCCCUCCAAUCCGGGGCCGAGCGUGUGCGCCGCGAGCUGCAGGCCAACCUCCAAGCCAUGAUCAGGAAGGCCAUCGCCGAGGGCCGACCUAUGGAGGAGUGGACAGCAUGA